UUUCUUUUUUUUUUUACCGUGGAGUUGUCGUCAUCCGCACCCCAGAUACCCCCACCCCCUCCCCACCACCCUCCCACUUAGCUCCCUAAAUGGAUGGGGCAGUCUUGGUUUGUGCAGUUCAGCGCAGGCCAAACGACUGGAGGAACUUGUGAACGUCCGUCACUUUUCUGGCGUUCACCGCGCAGAAAUGCCGGGCUGCUUCGCUGCUGAGGCUCAGCUUUAAGGACUUUUCUCCUGCUUUUGUGCACUCCCACCCCCUUCUUUUCUUUUCUUUCUUUUUCUUUUUCUUUUCUUUUCUUUUCUUUUCAGGAGGACCGACUCUUAGCUAUUGAAAAAAAAGGAGAACUUAAACGCAUUUGCAGCUGUCACGCUCAACUUUUUCCACUAUGGAUUGUAUGUAUUUACUGAUGUACUUUUCAGUCAGUCAAGUACUUUUGGAGCAUAUUUCUGCUGCAGAAACACAAGAAAAAGUCUCUGGAAAGUUAAGAGAGUAUGGUCUUAUUGUGCCGUUCAGCACAGACUCCCACGGCCGGUACAUUUCUCACGUGGUCUCUGCUGGAAGUGGAAGUAAAAGUUCCGAUGCUGCCUCUAGCCUUGGCAGCAUCAGCAGCAGCAGCAGAAGAAGAAGAAGGGUGGCUCGUGGUGCCCCUGAGAUGCCCUCGGCCACCUCUCCUGCAGCUCAGCACCUGUUUUUCAAUGUCACAGUUUUUGGGAAGGAGCUUCACCUUCGCCUCAAAGCCAACAGGAGGCUGGUGGCCCCGGGGGCUUUUGUGGAGUGGCAAGAAGACUUUAAGGAGAAAAGCAAGGAGCAUAUCAGUGGAGACUGUGUCUUCACUGGAGAUGUGACAGACAUGCCGGAGGCCUCUGUGGCCAUCAGCAAUUGUGAUGGGCUGGCAGGCCUGAUUCGGACUGAUAAAGGGGAGUUUUUCAUUGAACCCCUUGAGAAGGGCCAACAGGAUGUGGAAUCGAAGGGGCGAGUUCAUGUGGUUUACCGCAGGUCGGCCAUCAAGGCCGGCCAGCAGAAGAGCGACUUCCACAACGAAGUGGCAGACGUUGGAAUCGCAGAUCUUCCCGCCGCUCUAGAUCUUGUGGAACACAAACUAUCUGAGUCAGAGCGGAAGAGGAGACACGCAAAGAAAGACGACUACAACAUCGAAGUGCUGCUGGCUGUGGAUGACUCCGUUGUGCGCUUUCAUGGAAAGGAGCAUGUGCAAAAUUACGUUCUCACCCUUAUGAACAUAGUUGAUGAAAUUUACCACGACGAAUCCUUGGGAACCAACAUUAACAUCGUUCUUGUUCGUAUGAUAAUGGUUGGGUACAGGCAGUCGAUCAGCCUGAUUGAGCGUGGCAACCCAUCUCGCAGCCUGGAGCAGGUGUGUCGUUGGGCCAACACACAGCAGCGCCACAACCCCGAUCACGCCGAGUACCACGACCACGCCAUCUUCCUCACAAGGCAAGAUUUUGGUCCCGCAGGUAUGCAAGGUUACGCUCCAGUGACGGGGAUGUGCCACCCGCUGCGGAGCUGUACCUUAAACCACGAGGACGGCUUUUCUUCUGCCUUCGUUGUCGCACAUGAAACUGGCCAUGUCCUGGGAAUGGAGCAUGAUGGGCAAGGGAACCGUUGUGCAGAUGAGACCAGCAUGGGCAGCAUCAUGGCCCCCCUGGUACAGGCAGCCUUCCACCGCUACCACUGGUCGCGCUGCAGUAAGCAGGAGCUCAACAGAUACAUCCAUUCUUACGACUGCCUGCUGGACGAUCCAUUUGAACACAAGUGGCCCAAGCUUCCUGAGCUCCCUGGAAUCAAUUACUCUAUGGAUGAGCAGUGCCGCUUUGAUUUUGGGGUCGGUUAUAAAAUGUGCACUGCUUUUCGAACAUAUGACCCUUGUAAGCAGUUGUGGUGCAGCCACCCGGACAACCAGUAUUUCUGCAAAACCAAAAAAGGUCCACCUGUAGACGGGACGGACUGUGCACCUGGGAAGUGGUGUUUUAAAGGUCAUUGCAUCUGGAGGUCCAGCCAAGAGCCUCAGGGUCACGAUGGGAGCUGGAGCUCAUGGUCCAAGUUUGGGUCGUGCUCCAGGACGUGUGGGGGUGGGAUCCGGUCCCGCAGCAGACAAUGCAACAAUCCUCCGCCGGCCUAUGGGGGCCGAGACUGCCCCGGCUCUGCUUUUGACUACCAGAUGUGCAACACAGAAGAGUGCGCUGGCGCUUACGAGGACUUCCGUGCUCAACAGUGCAUCCAGAGAAGCAACAAAUACCACAAAAAUAUGAAGCACACCUGGCUGCCGUAUGAGGACCCAGAUGACUCCCGUAAAUGCGAGUUGAGCUGCAUUUCUAAAGAAACAGAAGAAAUCGUAUUCAUGAACCAGGUUGUGCAUGAUGGGACACGGUGCAGCUACUCUGACCCAUACAGUGUGUGCGCUCGAGGGGAGUGUCUGCAUGUAGGCUGCGAUAAGGAGGUGGGCUCCUACAAAGAAGAGGACAAAUGCGGGGUGUGUGAAGGGGACAACUCCCACUGCCGCACUGUGAAGCUGACGCUGACCAAAACUCCCAAAAAAAAUGGAAUGCUGAAAAUGUUUGACAUCCCAAUAGGAGCCCGGCACAUUGUCAUUGAGGAAAAUGAGACUUCCUCUCAUAUUAUUGCUGUGAAGAACCAAGUCAGCGGCAACUUCAUACUGAAUGAAAAAAGCGAAGAUGCAAAGUUAAAGACGUUCAUCAAAAAUGGUUUACAGUGGGAGUAUUCCAGCGAUGGCGACAGGGAAACACUGAAAACAAGCGGUCCUCUGCAUGACGGCAUCGUGGUGCUGGUUAUUCCAAUGGAAGAAGAAGUGAAAAUUAGCUUGACCUAUAAGUACAUAAUACACGAAGACCUGCUGCCUCUUAUUACCAACAACAAUGUUCUUCUUUCUGAACUGGACACGUAUGAAUGGGCCCUGAAGAGCUGGUCUCAGUGCUCCAAACCAUGUGGGGGAGGAAUACAGUAUACAAAGUAUGGAUGCAGGAGGAAGAGUGACGGCCGUUUGGUGCAUCGCAACUUUUGUGAAAGCAGCAAAAAGCCUAAACCAAUCCGCAAACGGUGUAACAUGCUGGAGUGCAGUCAGCCAAAGUGGGUGAUGGAGGACUGGAGCCCCUGCAGUAAGAGCUGCGGGAAACUUGGCUACCAGACCAGAGUGGUGCAGUGCAUGCAGGCUCUCCACAACGGCACCAGCAGGCCAAUCCACAGCAAACACUGUCCCACCAAUCGACCUGAAACGAGGCGAGUCUGCAACCACACCGCAUGCCCUGCGCAGUGGCGGACGGGGGCGUGGUCUCAGUGCUCAGUGAGCUGCGGUGAGGGGAUUCAGCAAAGGCAGGUGGUGUGCAAAACCAGCGACAACACCGUGGGGGAAUGUGAAGGCGAGAAGCCGGAAACUGUCCUUAUUUGCAAACUGAGUCCCUGUCCAGGGUUACCCCUCUCAUCUCCCUCAUCCCAAAUGACAGAAAAUGCUACGAUGAAUGGGGAAGCUGUAUACCAAAUGGUUCCCAAAAAUCCAGUUGACAAAAUGUCUAAUGAGCCUUGUCUAGGAGACAAAUCCAUUUUCUGUCAGAUGGAAGUUCUUGCUCGCUACUGCUCCAUCCCUGGAUAUUACAAACUUUGCUGUGAGUCGUGCAGUCGGAAGGAAGGUCUCCCCACAAAUGCACUCGACCUCCAUAAACCUGAGGUUUUCCCAACCCAGAACCCUUCUAAAACCGCAGACGCUGCUGCUCGGACCUCACCACCAACAGAUGCUGCUUUGCUCCAGACUCCUGCAGACGUCUCUGACAGGGAGCCUCCACUACCUCCAGGCCCGCCACUUCCCACAGCAGAUGCCAGUGGAGGUCAAAAUAGCACUUUAAGCCCAGAUGCUGUCAGGUCAAGAAGGGACAACUUAGGAUCUGAGAGGGAUUCAGGUCACAGAACCCUGUCGGCUCGGAAAUGAGCAGCGAGCAAUUUUUGAACAAACCUUCUGCUCAGUUUCAGAUUCACUCAAAGUUUUGCUGCGAUGUUUUGUUUUUCAUGUCAGUGAAUUCAAACCAGCCCUGCAAUGGUUACCUCAUAAAAAAAACACACAAACCGCAGAGUGAGGUUUGUGUGCUUCACCUGCACACCGGUCCUCACACACAACAUGAGUGGAAUAAAAAGUUGUCAUAACAAGGUGCUGUAAACUUAACCGACUACAAGAAGUGCUCAAAAUGUGAUGACUGCAUUAGUAUAUUCAUUUUUUUCUCUGUGUACAGUUGUGUAAACCUUUUUUUCCAAGUGCAUUAGAACUACUAUGAAUGGUUUGCGUACAGAGGUGCAUGUGCCAGCUAUGGACUCUAAAGUGUGCCUCCAGUCUGAUUAUGAGAACAGGAAAGAAAUGGCUGCAUAUUUGUGUUCAAUUAAAAUGCAAUAACUUAAUUAAAAUUAGUUCUAAAAUAAGAUCCUCUUCAUAUAGGCACUUUUUGAUAUUAGAAACAAAUUAACUAACAAGAUAAAAAAGGGAUGUUUUACAUUUUAAUUGCUCACAGCUCUGUUUUUCAUUAUAAUUUUAAAGUUGUUUUCAAAAUAAAGUGUCUCUAACCACAAUGAAUCAUUCAAAUUAAAGUGUCUCUAACCACAGUGAAUCGUUUAAAAAUAUAUUUGCAUUUGCAAUAGAGCGAUUGAAGUCUGAACAAAAUUAAAUGUUAUUUUUUCACAAUUUUCCCCUCUGAUUAUGACUUUUUUAAACACCAUAUGCAGCUUUUUAGAUUAAUUCCUUCUUUGUGCAUGUGGGCGAUGUAGAAACAAGGGAAUCACAGUGAAGCUGCUUCUAAAAUGUUUGCCCUGUUGGACUUAAAACCAGCAGAUGCCUGUUAUUUCUCAGCAAUUAAUUGCAGAAGAAAAGAUGCCUGGAAACGACAUAAUGUAAAUUUAUUACAAAAACGUCACUUUUUUGGCCUCACUCGCUGAAACAAAGAAAAAAGCGUCUGAUGAGUCAUCGAUUCAUUUUAGGAUUAUCAGACAUUUCUGUCUGUGUAGCUGAAGCCUUUUUCGGAAAGCAGCUAGUUUUCUGCGUCCUUUUAUUUAAAAAAAAAAUAAAAGGAGAUCACCAAAACUGCUUUUAUCGUUUAAAAUAAUUCACUUGAAUGAAGUGUGUUUGUUAAAAAUGUUUCUGGUGGCACACUCCAGACUUCAUGGCUAUCACUCCCGACUGGAAGCUUUGUAGCUUCUCAGUCUCCGGUGCUCUUGUUUUUUUUUUGUUUUGUUUUUUGGUUCAGAUUGACCACACAUGAUUAUCCUCAUUAAUGUUUAAAAAAAAGAAAAAAAGAAAAUAGGUUAUAAUUUUUUACAGUACUGUAGUACAAACUCUGCCAGUUGUUGUCAAAGUCUGUAACUUAGUGCUUUAAAGACCCACUCCGAUCAUCUUUUGAUCUAUUUUGAAAGCAUUCCCAGCGGUCUUUUUAUUAUGAUUAUGCCAAUUUUUAGCACCAAAAAAAAGUUGUUUUUAUGGAACAUAGUUUUUGCAGAGUGGCAGAGGUUCAUCAGAAAGUUGUCUCUGAGUCAUGGGAACCCCUUUUCCCUCCCUGUUGAUGAGAGCUCUCUGUUUACACCCUCUCCCCCAACGUAACAUUACAUGUGCAACAAAAAUGGCGAGCAAUACUGGAACGAUGCAACCGUACAGUUUUAAGCCAGAUGCCAGCUCAGACGAGGAAUUUAAAGACGUACAUGGAUAUUUUUCCAACAUCAUUUUUUUUUUAUCUGCACCUGAUUUGAAUAAAGAUAAACUCAGAAAUGCAAGUUUAAUCUUAAUUUUCUAUACAUUUGUCCUCUGUCAGCAGAAAAUUCUACAAGAACAUGUUCAAAACACAAUUUUCACCGGAGUGGGUCUUUUAGGGCUAAGAUUUCAGAGAGAAUACUUAUAUUAGUACAGUUUUCAGGUAGGAAUGUAUAUAGUGUAAAUUUCAGUUCAUAAACGUUUCGCGAAUUGGAAAAUCGGAGCAAUGCUGUAAGUCUGCAGGUUGUCUACAUCUGUUUCUGCUUUUUGCAGAUUAUACCACCAUGUUCAUUGUAUAGAUCUUGUACAUACAUACCUAAAUGAAAGCUUUAAAUGUUAAUAUUUAUUGAAUUUUUAAGUGAACAACGUAAAAAAAAAAUCUAAAAGAACAAAAGUUUUUGCUAUUUCACUAAAUUUUUCUUUGUUUUUUUUUUGUUUUGUUUUUUCAAUGGACUUCUUAGAAGAAGGAGAGGAACAUAUUGUUGUAAAGUCAUAACUACUUUCCUAAAUAAAAAUCACAAAUUUACCUUUUGACA